ACACCAAUAAAUCAAAUUUGACUUAAGAAGUAACAACAACAAAGAACACACAAGAUUAUUUGUAUAGGGAAAAAAUAAUAAAUCGGAUUUGACUUCAGAAGUAACUAUACAAGUACAAGUAAGAAAAUUUUGGCUAAUGAAACUACAAAAUUAUCAUUCCAAUUUAUUUUUUUCAUUUCGCAGUUCAACUAAUUUCUUUACGACACAAAAGAAAAUUUAUUUCUUAAUUUUACUAAAAUAAAAUAAAAAAUCAUUUUUUCCUUUCCUAUCAAUUUUCAUUCAUAAUUUGUUGCAGAUUAAAAAUAGCGGUAAGACACAAAAAACAAACACUCCCUCUCACUCACUGUUUCCACAUAAAUAUUCGUUCAAAAAAAAAAAAAACAUAUAAUUAGAGCAGAGAAAGAGGCCUCUCCAUCUUCCUCCACGUAAAACCUCUGAUAAAACCCCCAAAACCCCAUUAAUUUUUCUCUCACAAAGCUUCAAUCUUUUGCUUCAAAGAGAUCAAAAAUCCCAUUUUCCGCAAAACCCUCCUCCCAUUCUGCGCCAAAAUCCCAUUUUUUCUGGUAAUGCCAUUUGGGUUUCAAUGGCUCAAGAAUCUGGGUCGUCUGAGUCCCCCAAUUGGAGACUCAAUCUGCAUUUUCCUUCAAAUGCUCCUGUGUUCGGCUGCAGAUUCCAGCCCUACAUUCAUGUGGCCAAACCCAAAGGCUCUUUUCAAAUCCCGCCUCACGAGAAUUCUUUCACCUGGUACCGAGAGCAUGUUUGCUCGUCUUCCAAUCAAGAGAAGGUUCGCUGUUUUGUCCACCCUGACAAGCUGUCCACAAUUCAGUGUAUAGUUUGUGUAGGUCAAAAUCGGCAUACCAAGAUAAGUUACUAUUGCUCUGACACUUGUUUUAUGGCUGCCUGGAAGAAGCACAAGGUGCACCAUCAUUUUGCAGAUCCUGAUCCACAAGCGGUGAAAAUUAUCAAGAGUUUAGGGCCUUAUGGCUCCUAUCCUGAUUCACCUAGCUAUCAGGAUGACGAUUCACAACCUAAUGAGGUGGUGGAACAAGAUGGGAAAACAUGGAUUGAAAUGGGAUCUUGGGAAUAUUAUGUACCCACGGAGCAUGAUAUUGGAUUUUGUCUGAGGCUAAAAUUUGAAGUUGUUGAUUCUUCAACGCGUACACCAUUGUGCCCAGCAAGAAUCGAAGUGACAGAUCCUGUGAUUUAUCCUCCUCCUCAUCCACCACGUUGUACAAUGUGGAACUCUUGUAUCGCUGACCUCAAAGAACACUCUUCUAACGAUGUAACAUUUAGGGUGCUGUCCUAUAAUAUUCUCGCUGAUUAUCUUGCUACUAGUGGUAGUAAGCGGCACGAUUACUGCCCAGAUUGGGCUCUUUCAUGGGCAUAUCGUCAGCACAAUUUACUUUAUGAGAUCAUUGACUAUGACGCAGAUAUCUUAUGUCUCCAAGAGGUAACUACUCUGUUCUUAAACGCAUAUGUUUUUACGAGAUCAUUGCCCAAGACUGUUUUAAUUUUUAUAUUUUUCCUCAUCUACGGGCAGGUACAGAAAGAUCAUUUUGAGAAUUUCCUCAAACCUGAGUUGGAAAAAUAUGGAUACUUGGUUGUAUACAAGAAGAAAAAGACCGAGAUAUUUACGUUUAAGUCCCAGCUUACAGUUGAUGGAUGUGCUACAUUUUACCGCAAUCGACGCUUCAAAGAAAUUGCAACAUAUGAGCUUGAGUUUAAUAAUUCAGCAAAGCCCUUUGUAGAUUCAUUGGAUGGUGAACAGAAAAAUGAAGCUCUCCGUCUGUUGAAGGACAAUGUUGCACUUGUUGUUAUAUUAGAAAUGGUGGGAAAUGAGGGCUCUUCUGAUGGCAAUCAACCUAGAAUUUGUGUGGUAGCAAAUACCCAUAUACAUGCAAAUGUACAAAAUCCAGACAUAAAAUUGUUGCAGGUUGUAACCCUCAUCCAUGCACUUGAGAAAAUUGCUGAGUUGAAGAUUCCCCUGCUGAUUUGUGCAGAUUUGAACUCUCUGCCUCAGAGUGAUCCUUAUACAUUCAUAAGCAAGGCCAGAGUUGAGAUUCUUCCCAUCAAGGAAACUGAUAAAUCGGGCAUAUUGCAAACACUCAAGCUUUCUCAUUCAUUGAAUCUGGUAAGUGCAUAUGCAACUUUUUUUCAGUCUGAUGGGGUCGAGGAUCACCAACGUGAGAAAAUGGAUCCUGAAACCGAGGAACCUUUGUUCACCAGCCGCACACCAUCCUUCUUUGGAACUUUAGAUUAUAUAUUCUACACAGCUGCUAGCUUGAGGCUUGACAGCGUAUUGGAGCUUCUUGACAUAGAAGGUUACCUUCCAUCUGCUAAAUGGUCAUCAGACCAUAUUGCCCUCAUGGCAAGUUUUUCUCUUGAGACAAGCGCUUACAAUCUGAGCUCAGAACCUCUUCCGGAGAGCCUAGGGCAGCACCCAACAUUUUUGCACAACAAUAAAGUUUUACAGGAAAGCUGAAGAUGAUUGAGAAAUUACUUAGUCCGAUAAUUAGUACGGAAUGAAUUCAAAUUCUAUACAAAACCAGCAGCUGGCAAAGUUGGUACUUACAUAGGAUACAUGAAAAUACACAGAAGAUUAAAGAUGAGCAUUGAUCUCUACAGUUUCGUCGAUUUAGGUCAAGAUGUAGAUACACAGAAGAAGAUUAGACACAGAAGGGAAGAUUAGCAUUCAAAUUUUCUUCCUUAUACACAGUGACAAUUCAUCGUUAUUUUCUUUUCUAACAUGGUAACUUUUCAGGGACCUCAUCUUUCUGUAAGAUUGAUUUGAAUGCUGCUCUAUAGUUGAAAAUUUUCC